AUGGAAACGACAGCUGUAGAUUUAAAAUGGUACCAAACCUUGCUGUUUCUUUUCCAAAUUGCCUUAUUCGUAGCCGACACAACCACUAAUAUCCUGACCAGCCUGGAGUACAGAGAACAAGGACACCAACAAUGGUUUGCAGUAAGCCUCGGCCUGACUAUCAUUACCCUAGUCGCGCUCUGCAUUUGGUUUGCAAUGGUGAGCAGACGUCGAUUACUAUCAAGGGAAGAGAACUCAGUAGGGGUGGAUAACCCCGACAACAUAUCCCUCAAUGAUCGUGUGGACAUUGAAAAGGAACGUUUAUACAACCUCUAUUUGCACACGCUCACUUUCGGCUUGAUGCAAGCUGCUUCACAGCUUAUAAUACAGUACUAUGUAUAUAUUACGCUGAAAGAGGGGGACAGUGUGAUCCCGGAAGUAUCAAUGUGGAUUUCUUUCAUUACGUUGACGUGGAUGGUCACAUCCAUGGAGGUGUUUCGUCCGGUGACCAACCUGAAACCCGUGCCCCGGCUCGUGCACAAAGUCAUAAUCUUUCUUAGCAACGCGGGAAUCAUCAUGGCGCGUGUAAUGGCGAUUGUAUGUUUUAUUAUUUCUUUGUCGUGGUGGAUCGUUCUUGUGUUAGGCGUGCACUGUUUUAUCAUCAACUUUACUGGAUUCCUACUGUGGCGAUCCAACCGAAAACAGGAUAUGCUCGUGUUUAUUUUUGCCUAUUCGCCGCUGUAUCUUUUUAGUUAUAGCUCUUACUAUUUAAGAAAGCUCAGGGGAAAUGCCCCUUUUAGUUUGACUCACCGAGCGGUUCUUAAUUUCUCGUGGUAUGUACUCUUUACUUUGGAAAACGCCGGUAUGAUUCUUGGGAUCAUUUUCAGCUGGCCUUAUAGUUAUGAAGAUGACCCUUUGUUCUGGUUUCCAAUCGUGGCUCUUAUGAUUGUCCCCCCUGGAAAUCUUGGAGGGAUUCUUUUAAAGUUAUUUUCAUGGUAUUGCCUUUGCGGCUGCUUUCACGAGCAAAAUGACGAG